CAUCACGACACUCGUUUCGCCUGACAUUAACCUGUGGCGAGAAUGGCUCUGGCAGGUAUUCUGAGCUCCGGCAUAAACCGUCUGAAGCCGAUCAUCGGUCGCGCUCCUAAGCAAAUACAACUCUGCCGCCCCUUUUCUGAGGAGAGCGUCAGCCGGUACUGUGAUGGAGGUUAUCAUCCUGUCCAGAUCGGAGAUUUGUUCAGCGAUGGCAACUAUGAGAUUGUGAACAAACUGGGUUAUGGCGUUUACUCCACCGUCUGGCUGGCUUGCAACACGCAGACGAAGCGGCAUGUUGCACUUAAAGUUCUCACUGCCGACUCGUAUGGGCGUCAGAAAGACACAUUUGAGCCGGAUAUUCUGGGGCAUAUCAAGUCCCAGACACCGGCCUCACCCCACCGCGGAUCAGGCCACGUUCUCGGCCUCUCUGACAAGUUUGUGCAUCACGGCCCUCACGGAAAUCACCUCUGCCUAGUUUUCAAGGCGAUGGGCCCCGACAUGUCGAAAUACAGACAGCUAUUUCCCAAGCAGAGGAUCCCGAUACCCCUGAUGAAGGAGAUAUCACGACAGUUGCUUCUCGCGGUCUCCUACCUUCACGACGUAUGCCAUGUGAUACACACGGAUAUCAAGCCCCAGAAUAUCCUAGUGGAAACGUUGGCGAUAAACACCAUGUUCGAGCAAGCGCCAUCCGAAGUAUUUCUGCCCGAAGAUACCCCCCAAGCCCCCGCAGGUGACUUUUACAUGGAAUCAACCCAAGUAUUCUCGGCCGAGGAAGAUAUCUCGCGGCCAACCGAUCUGUCGGUCAGACUCGCCGACUUUGGAACUUCAAGCUGGUUCGAUCGACACUUGACCGAGUGGAUUCAACCGCAGAUGCUCCGGGCGCCAGAGGUGAUCCUCGGUGCGGAUUGGGACCACAAAGUGGACAUCUGGAACCUAGGCUUGGUUCUUUGGGAACUUGCUGAAGGCCAACUUCUCUUCGACGGAAGCUGGACCCCGACUGCCGCUUACAGCGCCGAUGCUCACUUGGCGCAAAUGACGGCGAUUCUCGGCGAGAUGCCCAACUCGCUUCUUGCGCGAUCUAAGAGAGGGAGUCAAUAUUUUAACUCGGAAGGUAUGGUGAGCUUUACGAUUACUGGAAAUGAGAAGGACUGACUGGCACGGCACAUAAAACAGGCAACCUCUUGAAGUCAGCCUUUCCGCCAUGCUCCCUAGAGCGAUUCAGCAAGUUACCUGAUUUUCCGGACGCUGAGAGCAAGGCAUACUUGGAUUUUAUCAAGUCUAUGAUCAGAAUGGAUCCGGAGCAGCGGCCAGAUGCGAGGGAGUUGUUGGAGUCGGCCUGGUUGAGGUAAAAUGGUGCAUGUAAUUAUGUGCGCAGGGGUAUGAAUACGAUAAUAGUUGGUUUCGACUUUCGAGUUCUCCCCUGGGCACUCGCCAAGUCCGAAACAGCAAC